AUGGCAUGCCAAACUGAUCCCGAGCGCGACUCAACUCCGGAGAACCACUGUCGCUUCCCGUGGCGUCCGAGUCAAAGACGCGAGUAUAACUGGAUUUGCCGGAGGAACUCUCGCCGCCGUUGGAGAGCACGCACGACUCGGACUCUGCAGGAAGGGACGAGGCGCCUCCGCUACCAUCCUGGGUGGUCGAUCGAGUGGAUCGAGUGGAUCGAGGAGGAUGAUCAGGAAGGCCAGCGAACGAAGGAGACAACACCGACCCCUCUGCCUUCUGGUCAGCAGCUACGGCAGACAACACCUCGAUCGAAGAUCUAG